GGCGCGGGGCCGGGCGGGAGACGGAUGGAGCCGCAGCAGCAGGCGGAGGCGGCGGGGUCCCCGCGCCACGCGCCGGAGGGGGCCGCCCCGGCCGGGAUCUCCCUGCACGAUUUCUGCGGGCGCGCGGGCGAGCAGCUCGUGCACUUCCACGCCAUGCGGCUGCGGGACUCGCUCUUCCUCUGGGUGGGGGCGGAGCCCGCGCUCCGCAGCCUGGCCGUGGCCAUGUGCAGCCCCCACGACUCCAUUCCAGUGUCUACAUCACUCCUGGGAGAUGCCUCUGACACCACCUCAAAUUCUCUAGCCCAGCGACUAGCCAGGAAGACCAAAAAACAGAUCUUCGUCAGCUACAAUCUUCAGAAUACAGACAGCAGUUUCAUAUUACACAUAGAGAACAGAAUCAAGGAAGAAAUGAUAGCUUUUCCAGAGAAAUUCUAACGUUGCAUCAUUGUAAGCUACUUUGUUACUUUUUUUUAAAAGAAAUAAACUGACUGGGUUUCCAUAUUGACAGACA